AUGAGGCGUGGGCUGUUGGUCAUGGGGUCUCCCGACAGCGGAAAGUCUAAUUUAUGCCAUCUUAUCCACCAACUCACGAGCGAAAGAAGCUCUGAAUUCAAAGUUGCCAAUUUGGAUCCAGCGGCUGAAUUCUGUCCAUACUCACCAUUUAUGAACGUUAGAGAGCUCAUUACGCUUGAAAGCCUAAUGGAAGACGGAGAAUUAAAAAUGGGACCGAAUUCAGGACUAAUCCACUGCAUGGAAUAUUUGGUAAAAAAUUCAGCAUGGUUUAUUGAGCAAUUAGGCUCAGAUGAAGACGAUUUUAUUGUGUUGGAUUUGCCCGGGCAGUUGGAACUCUCCACUCAUCUUUAA